AAAAAAAAAAAAUUCCUCCUCUUUUCUUCUUUCCUUCUUUCUUAGGUUUAUGAGUAAUACCACCCGUGUGCCUCUGUCUCAUCCCCAUUUUUUCCCCUUGAAAACAACAAUUCCCCUCUCUCUCUCUCUCUCUAAAAUUCCCAUUUUUUAUUUAUAUCCCCCCCAUCUCUCCCUAUUUCCUCUAAAACCCAUUUCCCCAAAUUCAAUUUCAAUUCAGUCCCCCAUGGCUUUCUUCUCCUUCAUCUUCUUCCUCUUUUCCUCUGUUUUAGCUUCUUCUCUGUUUCUCUUCCUCCGCCCCACCAGAUUCCGCCGUGUACGGCUGCCGCCGGGGACACUCGGCCUUCCCUUGAUCGGAGAGACCCUUCAACUCAUCUCCGCCUACAAGACCGAGAACCCCGAACCCUUCAUCGACGAGCGGGUCCGGAGAUUUGGACCGGUUUUUACGACCCAUUUGUUUGGUGAACCGACAGUUUUCUCGGCCGACUGGGAAACAAACCGGUUCAUUCUUCAGAAUGAAGAGAAGCUUUUUGAGUGUAGUUACCCCGGUUCGAUUUCUAAUCUUCUUGGGAAGCAUUCUUUGUUGCUUAUGAAAGGGAGUUUACAUAAAAGAAUGCAUUCUUUGACUAUGAGCUUUGGGAAUUCUUCUAUUAUUAAAGACCAUCUUUUGGUCGAUGUGGACCGGUUAAUUCGGCUCAAUUUGGACUCUUGGACCGGCCGGAUCUUCCUCAUGGAAGAAGCUAAAAAGAUAACAUUUGAGUUAGCAGUGAAGCAAUUGAUGAGCUUUGAUCGUUGCGAAUGGACUCAAAAUCUCAUGAAAGAAUAUCUUCUUGUCAUUGAAGGAUUUUUUACCGUCCCUCUCCCUCUAUUCUCCUCCACUUACCGCCGUGCCAUCCAGGCACGGAGGAAGGUGGCGGAGCAAUUGGGGACGGUGGUAAGGGAGAGGCGGAAAGAGAGCGAGAACGGGAUAAGGAAGAAAGACAUGCUCGGAGCGCUGCUCGCCGGAGAAGACGCCCUCUCCGACGAGCAAAUAGUAGAUUUCUUACUGGCUUUAUUGGUGGCGGGAUAUGAAACGACGUCAACUACCAUGACGCUGGCCGUUAAGUUUCUGACGGAGACGCCGCUGGCUUUGGCCCAAUUACAGGAAGAGCAUGAGCAAAUCAAAGCAAGAAUGAAGGAAUCACACCAACACCUCCAAUGGAAUGAUUACAAGUCCAUGCCUUUCACCCAAUGUGUUGUGAAUGAAACAUUAAGAGUUGCCAACAUAAUCAGUGGUGUAUUUAGGAGGACAAUGACAGACGUAAAUAUCAAAGGUUAUACGAUUCCGAAGGGAUGGAAGAUUUUUGCAUCAUUUCGCGCAGUACAUUUGGACCAUGAGCAUUUUAAAGAUGCUCGCUCUUUUAACCCAUGGAGAUGGCAAAAGAAUAGCUCAGGGUCAACAACGUUAAAUGCAUUUACACCGUUCGGUGGAGGUCCGAGAUUAUGCCCAGGAUACGAGCUUGCCAGAGUAGAACUCUCUGUUUUUCUUCAUCAUCUUGUCACCCAGUUCAGUUGGGUUCCAGCAGAAGAUGAUAAGUUAGUAUUUUUUCCAACGACAAGAACACAGAAGCGCUAUCCUAUCAUUGUGACGCGUAAGAACGAAACUACACAAUGUCAAGACGGUCAUGCAGACACAUGAAGGAAAGCGAGUUGAGUCAGAAUAUGGAGCUACUCAAUAGUACAGCCAAUGAAUUACCAAUACAAAAACUAUAAAUAUCACUUCUUCUCUCAGCCCCUCUCCAAGAGCGCCAAUUUUCAGACCAAUCAAACAUUAUCUUCAACCUACAUAUCUUCUGGUCAGAUGUUCUCCAGGCUUCAAAAUUCAGAUGAUUUGACUUGAGUCUGCAGAAUUUGGGGGGUUUGAGGCAGGCUUCUUUACAGAAAUAGUCAGAGAUAUCAUUCCAUUGCACACAUUCAAGUAC